AUGGUUCGAGACGAAGAACUUACUAGUGAAGCCUGUAGCGAAGCACUGAAUGAGGGAUUCCAUGAAGCAGACUAUGGGCUUAUAACAGAAAUGAAUUUCUGGGAUCGCUCAUCACUAUCAACUAAGGAAAAGGUUGAAGAAGCACUCAGAAGCUUCAGUACUUUCCAAAUAGAUGAAGUGAGUUUUACCAUCACUCUACAAAAUGAAGAGAUCGAUAAGCUUGCAGGAGUGUGA